UAUAAAAGGGUAGUCGGCAUUUGGACACUGUCAUUUGUACUGAAACCACGUAUCGCGGGACACGCCGUCGGGAACCACACGUUUUUACCACCAUGAACCAUCUGUUGCUGAUCGUUGCCGUCCCAGUACUCGCCACCGCAUUCGCCGCUCACGUUCAAUAUCCCCGACAGACUUCACCACUACUGUACCCAGUGCAGAGCAAACGGAUCCGAACACAAGAGAAAAUCAUUACAGAUUGUAUGACCGUGUGGUCCGAAGAGGGCCAUCUAUACUACAAAUCGCCGACCAACGAUCCGACCGUGUGCGGCAUUUACAUAAUAGCGAAACCCGAGCAGACGGUUCACGUUUACUUCGAUUACGUAGACGUACCUUGCAACACUGGGGGUUUAAUAGCGUUUGUAGACGGAUGGGAACUCAACGGACAGUUGUUUCCCAAUGAACAAGAUCACCCGAAAUCGAUAAACGAGCGUUUCUUCGAGAUGUGUGGUACAAAAAAACACAAACAAGUAUUUAAAUCGUCGCAAAAUGCUGCUUUGAUACAAUUCAGAGUUCCACGUAGAGGCAACGGAUUCAGCUUUUACGUAUCGUUCAUCGACAACCCUACCCCUUGUAACAUACUCAUGGCUGAUAUUAGUGAAGUGCACACGUUGAGGAAUUACGGAAAACCAGUAAACUGCAGUUUGACGAUGUUGUACCCGGCCCAGGUGAAAAUCUUGGCGUUGGGUGUUGGUCUCGGACAUGAACAAAAAAGGACACUAACGGAACGUGAAACCGGCACGAUUCACAAGUGUGACAAACGAGGGCUACCGGAUUUUGUUCAAGUCGGCGGUGGAGACGGUUUAGCCCAGUUGUCUAUGGUUGAUUCAAUUUGCGGCACAAACUCCGAACCAGAAAACGCCGUGGAGACGAUAAUGUGUGGAGUGACCACGGUGAGACUUGUUUCAAGUGGACAAUUUCACAAUGCCGUCACAGUGGCUGUGACACCACCCGACGUCGAAGCUACGCCGUCAUUAGUGUGCGAGCAGUAGAAGCAGUCGUGUAACAAGCAAACGAAUAAAAAAAAAUUACUCAGAAACCCCUCAUCACCGAUAAAAUACAUAUUAUAAAAAUAAAUUAUUUGUUUUCGCCUUUAUGUCAUGUCGCCAAUAUCCGAUAGAAAAUAUUAUGAAACGCAUAAUAUAAUUAGCGUUCAAAAUUUUUCUUUUUUUCGUUUUGUAUAUUCGUACUUAAUAUAUACAUUUACACAUCAAACAUUUACAUUAAUACAUACAUACAUACAUAUAGCGGCGUGGUACUUGUAUUACAUCUAAUAUUUAAUCCUAUAUAUUUAUAUUUCCUAAUCUUGUUUUAAAUAAUGUCUAUCUAUUAUAAAUUAAUACCUUAGUGUACCAUCAUUACCGAUUACAUCUUUUUUAAAACUAAGAAAGAUGCUAUUCAAAUUUAUAUUAUUCUUUUGCGCCACGCCACUACUGAAAACAUACCCAUAGAAACUAAUUAUACAUUGUAAUACUGUAGACCUGUGAAUAUAAACUCUUGAUCAUAGCUAAUAAUUGAUUGAUUGAUGGUAGCAUAAUAUAAGUUUAAUAAUUUCAUAUUAUGUAUAAUACAAUAUUAUGUAAUAUUAUUAUUGAUAUCGACAUAAUCAUGUUUGCAUAUUAUUAUUGAUAUCGAUGUAAUCAUGUUUGCUGUGUACUUGAAAUAAAUAUAUCGUAAUAUAUGUAUACAAA